CGUAGAACCAUUUCCGCGAUUGCGCGCAUGCAUUUAGCUGAGGGAACGCUGCGAAAGCGCAUCAUCAAUCCGCUGACUUGGUUCGUAUGCGUAAACAUCAACGAACAGGUAGAGAGUGACAUCUACAGCUUCCUUCGUCGUUUCUUCAGAGUUGACACUACAGUCUAGGCCAGGGUUUGUCUAACUGUAGUGUUUAUCUCCUUGUGUACUUGUGCACUGAGCUGAAUAUAUCAUAAAAAAGGUGUUCUCUUCUCUGCGAAACUCAAUUCACCUGUCUGCCUGAGCUGCAUCUGGUCACCGUCACUACUACUUCAUUUGUACUUUUUGUAGUAGCCAAAACAGUAGGUAGGACCGUCACUAGGAGUCCAAAGUAACGUUCUUCAGUCUUACAGAAGAGUGAAGAUCGACCAGUCAAACCAACUAAUGAAAUGGCUCUGAGCAAGGAUGUUCAAGAUAUCGAGAAUCUUCUGGCCUUAAACCCACGAGUGCUGAAACAUGCCAGUGUGGUCACUACCAAGACGACCAAGUCAAAUCGUAAACAUUGGAAACGCAACGGCCCCCAGUCUUGUGCGACCUGUGGGGAGUUGGACAACAACUUUGAUGACAUUAAGCACACCACACUGAGCGAGAGGGCGGCACUGAAGGAGGCAGCCCGGUGCCUGAAAUGCGCAGACGCUCCUUGCCAGAAGAGUUGUCCCACCCAGCUGGACAUCAAAGCCUUUAUCACCAGCAUUGCCAACAAGAACUACUAUGGGGCAUCUAAGGCCAUCUUUUCCGACAAUCCCCUGGGUCUGACCUGCGGUAUGGUUUGCCCUACCAGUGACCUGUGCGUGGGGGGUUGUAACCUUCACGCUUCGGAAGAGGGUGCCAUAAACAUCGGUGGGCUGCAGCAGUUUGCCACCGAGAUCUUCAAGGCUAUGAAGAUCCCACAGAUCCGUGACCCAAACCUGCCCCCACCUGACCAGCUCCCUGAGAGCUACCAGGCCAAGGUGGCGCUGAUCGGCUGCGGGCCGGCCAGCAUCAGCUGUGCCACCUUCCUGGCCCGCCUGGGCUACAGUGACCUGACCAUCUAUGAGAGAGAGGACUACAUCGGCGGGCUGAGCUCCUCCGAGAUCCCACAGUUUCGCCUCAACUACGAUGUGGUGGCCUUUGAGGUGGAUCUGAUGAAGGACCUGGGUGUGAAGAUUGAACUUGGGAAGGGCCUGGGAGGCAGCGGAUUGACGCUGCAGUCACUGAAGGAGUCUGGAUACGAGGCAGUCUUCAUCGGGAUCGGACUGCCAGAGGCAAAACGCAUCCCCAUUUUUUAUGGCCUGACGAAGGAGCAAGGCUUCUACACCUCCAAGGACUACUUACCGCUCGUUGCUAAAGCCAGCAAACCAGGUAUGUGUGCAUGUAAGUCUCAGCUACCCCAGCUGCAUGGUAACGUCAUCGUUCUUGGUGCUGGAGAUACGGCCUUUGACUGUGCCACGUCAGCCCUGCGAUGCGGUGCCAAGCGGGUGUAUAUUGUCUUCCGUAAAGGUUUCACCACCAUCAGAGCGGUCCCUGAAGAGAUGGAGCUAGCCAGAGAGGAGCGGUGUGAGUUCAUGCCGUUCUUGUCCCCGAAGAAGGUCAUCAUGAAGGGGGAUCGCAUCUCGGGCCUAGAGCUGUGCCGUACCGAGCAGGAUGCAGAUGGCAAGUGGAUAGAGGACGAGGAGCAGAUGGUCCGUCUCAAGGCAGACUUCAUCAUCUCAGCGUUUGGCUCAGCACUCCAUGAUGAGCAAGUCAGGGCGGCCAUGGCUCCCAUCAACUUCAACUCCUGGGGUCUGCCCGAGGUAAAUCCAGACACCAUGCAGAGCAGUGAACCAUGGGUCUUCUGCGGCGGCGACCUGGCUGGACUGGCCAACACCACCGUGGAGUCAGUCAACGACGGGAAAACGGCUGCCUGGUAUCUACACAAAUACCUACAGUCCCUCCAUGGCCUCCCCGUGUCAACCACCCCCGUUCUCCCGAAGUUCUACAGCCCCAUUGACCUUGUCGACCUCGGCACCGAGAUCUGCGGCCUCAAGUUUGAGAAUCCCUUUGGCCUGGCCAGCGCCCCACCCACCACCUCAGCCCCCAUGAUACGACGGGCGUUCCGAGCCGGCUGGGGGUUUGUGGUCACCAAGACUUUCACUCUAGACAAGGACAUAGUUACCAAUGUCUCACCUCGUAUCGUCCGGGGCACCACCUCAGGCCACACCUUUGGCCCGGGCCAGGGCUCCUUCCUAAACAUCGAGCUGGUCAGCGAGAAGACCAGCGCCUACUGGUGCCGCAGCGUCCGGGAGCUCAAGCAGGAUUUCCCCCAAAAGAUCGUCAUUGCCAGCAUCAUGUGCAGCUACAACAAAGAGGAUUGGUUCAAGCUGAGCCAGAUGGCUGAGGAACACGGUGCCGACGCCCUGGAGUUGAACCUGUCCUGUCCCCACGGCAUGGGAGAGCGAGGCAUGGGCCUGGCCUGUGGCCAAAACCCUGAGCUGGUCCUGAACAUCUGCCGCUGGGUCCGGGAGGCCGUCAAGAUUCCCUUCUUUGCCAAGCUGACCCCUAAUGUCACCUCCAUCGUGGAGAUUGCCCGUGCAGCCAAGAACGGUGGAGCUGACGGCGUGACCGCUACCAACACCGUCUCGGGCCUGAUGGGACUGCGGGGUUCCUCAAGCGCAUGGCCUGCCAUAGGCAAGGAGCAGCGCACCACCUACGGCGGUGUAUCUGGGAACGCCAUCCGGCCCAUCGCUCUCCGCGCCGUGUCGGCCAUUGCCGGUGCCCUGCCGGGGUUCCCCAUUCUGGCCACAGGCGGGAUUGAUUCAGCCGAGGUUGGACUCCAGUACUUGCAUGCCGGAGCAGCCGCCCUCCAGGUUUGUAGCGCAGUGCAGAACCAGGAUUUCACCUUGAUCGAGGACUACGUGACAGGCCUGAAGGCUCUACUGUACAUGGAGAGCAUCAGUGCGUUUGAGGACUGGGAUGGUCAGAGCCCUCCUACCGCCAGACACCAGAAGGGCAAAUUGGUGCCCAAGGUUGCUGACAUCGUAGGCAAGCAUCUGCCAUCAUUUGGACCCUACCAGCAAGAGCGGAUCCGUAGACUGGCAGAAUACAAGAGGAAAGUGGGCCCACUGCCAUACCCCGACCAAUCUGAGGAGGAAGGCUCCACCAACAAGCCAAAGAAGGCUGUCCCAACCAUCAAGGAUGUCAUUGGGUGCGCCCUGGAUCGCAUCGGUUCCUACGGUGACCUGGAUAACACCCAGCAAGUGGUGGCACUCAUCGACGAAGAGAUGUGCAUCAACUGCGGCAAGUGCUACAUGACCUGCAACGACAACGGCUACCAGGCCAUCACCUUCGACCCCGCUACCCACCUGCCACACGUGACCAAAGACUGCACCGGUUGCACGCUGUGCGUCAGCGUAUGCCCGAUCAUCGACUGCAUCAAGAUGGUCAAGCGUGAGAUACCCUACAUACCAAACCGUGGGGUAGCGCUCAGUGCUUCUUCCUAAUAACAUUCAGUCCGUACAAGGUAACAUUUUGCCUGAUUGUUUCUGGCCUGACAUACCUCAGCCUUUUUAUUCAGCAGUGUGACUCCUUGAAAAUACUAGUUCUGGUUUCUCCUUCCCCACGGCUGGAUUAUUUCCGGUUGAGACUCUUAAAGUAUGAUGUCGCAAAAUAUCCCAGCAAAACUGAAAAUUUUUCAACAUGGAAGAACUAACAACACAAAAAUUUUACUUUGGCAUCAAAACUUUGCUGUUGUUAAAUGUCUAACAAAAACCAAUUUAAAGUCUUAAUGCCUUUGACAGAACGUGUGUGCUAAAGCAAAAUGAUUUAUCAUUAUAUUAAAUCAAUAUAUAUCAUAAUACCAACUUAAUAAUAAAUUACUUAUAGGAUUUCAGAUGUGCUAUUAUGCCACUGGGUAAUCAGGGUAAAGUGAUGGAACAUACCAGAUGAAGAUCGGAAGUGAUUUUCAGUAUGAUACUAUUUGCCUAUCAUGUCCAAUAUUUAACAUUUAAAAUAAAAAUAUAUUGCUUUUUUGAAUGAAAAUAUAUUUAACAUUUUAUUUAAAGUUUUUAUUCACCUGUCAUAUUGAAUACUUACAACCGUGAGAUUUGCAAUUGCUUGUAAAUUGCAAAUUGAUGUAAAGGAGACAUUGAUAUGUCAGAAUGGAAAAAAUAAUAUUUCUGCCCAAAGAUGUUUAAUGAAACCAAAAAUGAAGUGAAGACAAUGGGGUUUGCAGUUUUAUUGCCUUUUAUUUUGACAUUGCACAGAAAUUGCAUGGUGACCAUUCCUCAGGAAGUUUCAAUUGUAUAUUUGUUUUCCCCCAGGGAUUGUUACAUAUCUUGAUUAUUAAUCAUUUCCUGAUGGUAUUGUUCCACAUCCAAACUGCCCCUUGCAAGAUAUAAAUUUCAGCCAAGAAUGCUGACUUUUUUGAGAGGACAAGAUUACCAUAUGCACAGUCCUUUACAAAGUUGGACUUUCGAGCUGCUGACCCUUGGUGGUCAUCGGUUCACGGUCUGCACUGUUACUUUUAAAAACUCCAAGACAAUGUCUGUGUAAGCUCAGUCAUGGCCCAAAGCCAUUUGAGGGCAGCAAACACAACCCUCCAUAGACUGUUUGUGUACAGACUUAGUGGGAAUCACUCAGGUGUGAGGAUGAGCAUGGAAGUGUUUGAGCGCCCUCCUUGUUUUGACAUCAUCAUGCUUAGACAUCGUCAUGCGCGAUGUGGUUUACCAUAGUUAUACACUGUGCAUACACUGUGGUGGUUGGGUCUGACAUUUUUAGCUGUCAAAAGAUUUUGGUUCAACCCCAUCUGCUGAAGUCAAGUCUUGGCAUAAGUGAGAAAAAAUGUCAGGUGUGUGGAAGUUUUGGAUCAGUUUUCAGGGUAGCUGGACGACAGGCAGAUUGUGAGUGCUUUACCCCACUAGCCCUGAAGUUGGCAUACCACCUCCCCCCAUGCCUUGACAUCCUUUGAGGUAAAGUAGUUGACCAGAUGCCAACAGCUGAACAGUGCAUAGUCUACACAUUUUGCCAAACAUUUAAAAAAAUUCACAGAUUGCCAAUUUUUUGGAAGUAUUGAUAUCAGUUGGAAGUUGAUACAAAAUUACAGUAUUACUAAACAUUCUUGUCUGGUAACUAUUUGACAUCCUUUAAGGAAAGUUUUAAGUUCAUCGAGUAAAAUAUAUUAGUUGGAGUGUACUUAUACACGUAUGUAUGCAUGUAGUGUGUGCUUUUCUUAUGUAGUUCUGAUUUCAUUCAAUUGACAGAUACAAUUGUGCUUUUAAUCAAGUUGAAUGCAGUGACGAUGGCACCUUGGUUUCUGUGGAGCCUUUGAAAUCAUGGAGUUAGGGAACUAGAGUCAUUUUUGUUUGUGUUUUCUUGUGGUGACUGCUGUGUGUGAUUACUACUAAGAUUGAAGCACUGUAGUUGUUGCAGGGAGAGAGUUGAUUUCAAGACACAUGCUGAAGAGUGUCGAUGUGUGGUGUACCAGGUGACAAGGUCGGUUGAGGGCUUACCUGUUACACAACCCUUGUACAAAAAAUUCAUCCCUUUUAUGCGGGACUAAAUUCGACCGUCAGCAUGAAAUCCUUCAGGUUAUGGUCUGAUUAACAUUUCAUGACCCCCUAGUUUUGAACUAGACGAGUAAGCAAAACAAACAGUAGUAAGCACAAGAUUUUAAAUAGCAGUAUCUAUGUACAUGAAGUAGCACUUUGACUAGUACUGGCCCCUCCCCAUAGUAAUGGCCCCUCCCCAUAGUACUGGCCCCUCCCCAUAGCAAUGGCCCCUCCCCAUAGCAAUGGCCCCUCCCCAUAAGAGGUGUACAGGGCUCAUGAUGUGAAGUUUACUUAGGAACAAUGUACUUUGCAUGUUUUACUCUUAAAUUUAAGAAAACAAUCAGGCACCUCUUUUUGGUUACUCUUGUUGAAAAGGGUCCUUUUUAAAAAAGUUUUAAUUUUCAGUUUCACUGACUUAAUUUAGGUGCCGCUUGUAUUAUUCAUUACAGGAAGACACUGCUCAUUUUUUUCGGGGGGGGGGGUGUUUAGAUCGUUAACCCAGCAUGCGCCCAUUGAAAAAUAAUGUGAGAAACUUUCACUUGCCGGCCAACAGACAUGAACUCAAACCACCGAAGGAGAAAAAAAAAAUGAAAACAGCAAAUGUGUGAACGUCCGCCACAUUUCUGGCAGAAACUACUAUAAAACACUGAAGUUUCUCCUUCAGAUGACAUCACACUUUCGCUCAUCAAUAUGCCUAUUUGUAUAGCAUUCAAGUCAUAAAGGUGCCACAAUGCCCCCAAGAUUGUAUGGACAAAAAUGAAAAUUGGUUUGAAUGGGACACAACAGAGGUUUUCUGUUUACAAGAACUUGCAUUAAAAAAAUUACAUCACAUGGCCUCCGUUCGGUUUUCUACUUUGGGCAAUUUUUGCACUUGGCAGAUGCUGUCUCCUUUCGUAGCAGGAUGAGUGAUGACUAUCCCAUGAAUUGUCUUGAUUUAAUCAUUUAAUCUUCUAGAAUUGUGCAGCAGAUUUACCAGGGGGAAAAUUAGCAUUAUAAAAAAUGCUGACGCACAAAACUGAAUUGUCCUUAAUGAGAUUAUUUGAAUCCAUGAUAGAGUAAACAUAACAGUUGUAUCCCAACUUAUUAUUUCCUUUUAUCUUUAAGAUAUCGUAGAGUGGUUAGACUUUACAGUAGUGCUUCAAGGACUGGAGUUUUUUACAAGAUUUGAAAAUUUAACUGAUCAAUUUGUGAAUGACCUUUUCAACUUUUUCUGAAGAUGGUAUUUUUGGAAAAAAAAUUAGGCGACAAAGUAAUUGGACAUAUAUUUUAAACAGUCGUCAACUUCCAAAGGUAUUUCUCAGAAGUUCAUUUGACAUAGAAAAUUGAGUGGCUUUAGUGUAAAGGCAGUUCACUUACCAUUCCAAUUUGUACAAAAAAAGAAGAAAACCAUUAUUUUGAAAUCUACUUCUUUAUCAGGAUUGUUGGUCAAAUGAAUGCCGAUUGAACAAAUAAAGAAUGUAAUGGAGUGCAUAUACAAGAAGUAAA